UGGAUUUUUUACAGAAUACCGAAAACCACAGAAGGAGAGAAUAAAAUCCACGAAGCGCUCGAGUUUUUAGAAAAUGCCUGGAAAAAUCUCCUUGGGCAGCCGGAGAAUCAAUGACUGUGGCCGAUUUCACUUUGGUCGCUUCCAUUUCGACCUUUAAGGUUGCCGGCGUUGACUUGACGAAGUACGACAAUAUAAAUGAAUGGCUUAUAAAAUGCAUGAAUACAAUGGACGGAUACGAAAAGGCUAAUCAAGAAGGAAUCGUUGCAGUCGAAGCUACGUUAAAAUAUCUGGAUAAAAAAUUUGCAAAUUUAUCUCAAACGCAGAGUCUAUAAUAUUUCUUCCGAGUUCCGAUCAGAUUUCGUGAGUUGUGUUUUGAUUACACCUUAUUUUGUUUGUUUGCACUAUUCAUUGGAAUAAUUUUGAUUAUUGCUUUUUAUAAUUUUAAUUUAUAAAUAUAAUUUUGUUUGUACGAAAUAAAUAUUGCCAUAAAUUGUCUGGUAGGUGGUGC